AUGCCAAUUCAAAACACUGUUAAUGUUCCAAAGAGGAAGAAGGAAGCUAAUUCAGCAAGUUCAGAUGCAGCUGACACUGCUGCACAGCAACAACAACAACAGGACAAGCCAGUUGAUCCAAACUAUGUCGAUCCAGAGUCACUCACUGCUGAGCAGAGAGUUCAAAAGUCUGAUGAAUACAAAGCCAUCGCCAACAAGUUGUUCCUUGAGCAAAACUUUGAUAAGGCAGUGGAGGAGUAUUCAAAGGCAAUUACAUAUCAACCAACAGCGAUACUGUAUGCGAAUAGAGCGUUCUGCCACUUCAAGAAGGAGUUCUUUGUCUUGUCUCUACAGGACGCUAUAAAGGCCACAGAGUUGGAUGCCAAGUAUAUCAAGGGAUACUACAGAUUGGGCUCGGCACAGAUGGCACUGGGCAACUACAAAGAGGCCAAGCAAUGCUUCCAAACAGUAGUCAAGCAGUUCCCCAACGAUGCUGAGGGUCGUCUGAAAUUGAAGACUUGCGACUCUCUCAUCAGGACCAAGGCUUUUGAGGACGCCAUCAAAUGUUCCAAUGAGAGCUACUUCAAGUCCUUGGACUACGAGUCAAUGAUUGUUGAGGAGUCAUACAAGGGACCGCACUUCCAUGGUGAGGACAUCACUUUGGACUUUGUCAAGGAAAUGCUUGAGCACAUGAAGGCACAGAAGUACAUUCACAAGAAGUACGUCUGCAAGAUCCUCAAGAAGUCAUUUGAUAUAUUCUCCAAGAUGCCAUCGUUGGUGGACAUUGAUCACGAGACAACUCAAAAUAUUACUAUCUGUGGAGAUACUCAUGGUCAGUUCUAUGAUCUGUUGCACAUAUUCGAGUUGAAUGGAAUGCCAUCAAAGGACAAGCCAUAUUUGUUCAAUGGAGACUUUGUCGACAGAGGAAGCUUCAGUGUUGAGGUCAUCCUCGCAUUGCUAGCCUUCAAGCUUCUCUAUCCAGAUCACAUGCAUCUUACUCGUGGCAAUCACGAAUCGAUCGAUAUGAACCGAUUCUAUGGAUUCCAGGGUGAGGUGUUGGCCAAGUACUCUGAGAUGGUAUUCGACCUGUUCACUGAGCUGUUCACCUGGUUCCCACUGGCGUUCUGUCUCGACAAGGAGUACCUCGUUGUGCACGGAGGACUCUUUGGCAAGGACGGAGUCACACUGGACGACAUCAGAAACAUCAACAGAACUUCACCAGAUGCCAACGACAAUGAGUUGCUCCAAUGUCUUCUCUGGUCCGAUCCCCAGACCAGCCCGGGCAUUGCACCAAGCUCCAGAGGUGUUGGUGUCUACUUUGGUCCAGACGUGACAAGGAAGUUCCUCAAGGAUAACAACCUAUGCGGUGUCAUUAGAUCACAUGAGGUCAAGGAGAAUGGAUACCAAAUUGACAAUGAUGGUUCGAUCAUCACAAUCUUCUCCGCUCCAAACUACUGUGACCAAUCUGGUAACCUUGGUGCAUACAUCAACUUUGACAAGGACAAUCUCAAGUUCACUACAUUCACCGAAGUUCCACAUCCAGACGUUAGACCAAUGUAUUAUGCAAAGGGAAUGUAA